UCUGAAAAGCAUCGAACAUCUUCAACCUCUCCUCAACGAUAAGAAAAAAAUCCCUCUAAUCUCUCUCGUUGCCAACACCAAUCAUUCACCAUUGCCCCUUCCCGUCCACAUCUCCCUCUCUCUCUCUCAUUCUCUCUCUCUCUCUCCCCAAACACCCAAUCAAAAUCACCCCUCUUACACUUCAACAAUAAACCCACAACUCCACUCCACAAAACACAAACACACAAACACACUCUCACUACUCUCUCUCUCCAAAAAUGGCCUCCGCAGCACCCACCACCAGCCUCUCUCUCCUCCGCACUCGCUCUUCUCUCUCCUCCUCCUCCCCAUCCUCCUCUUCCCCAUCCUCUGUCCGCCUCCGCCCCACCGUCCUCCGCCGCCUCGGAUUCUCCGCCGCCGACCCGCUCCUUGCCCUCACUGUAAACUCCAGAGUCCGGUCGUUCGGAGGGAAGAAGGCUGUGAGAGGAGUGGUUUCAAUGGCGAAGAAGAGCGGCGGAGACCUGACCGCCGCUGACUUGAAGGGGAAGAAGGUUUUCGUUAGGGCUGACCUGAACGUGCCAUUGGGCGACAACCAGAACAUCACCGACGACACCAGAGUCCGCGCGGCCGUCCCGACAAUCAAGCAUUUGAUCCAGAAUGGGGCUAAGGUCAUCCUCUCCAGCCACUUGGGAAGACCAAAAGGUGUGACCCCAAAAUUCAGCUUGGCUCCUCUUGUACCCCGUCUCUCUGAACUCCUUGGUAUUCAGGUUGUUAAGGCUGAUGACGUCAUUGGUCCUGAAGUAGAAAAGUUGGUGGCUUCACUUCCUGAUGGUAGCGUUCUUCUUCUUGAAAAUGUGAGGUUUUACAAGGAGGAAGAGAAGAAUGAUCCCGAGUUUGCUAAGAAGCUUGCAUCUUUAGCAGAUCUUUAUGUCAAUGAUGCAUUCGGUACUGCACACAGGGCUCAUGCCUCAACUGAGGGAGUCACAAAGUUCUUGAAACCCUCCGUGGCCGGCUUCCUUUUACAGAAGGAGCUCGACUACCUUGUUGGAGCAGUAUCAAACCCAAAGAGACCCUUCGCUGCCAUUGUUGGUGGGUCAAAAGUCUCAUCCAAGAUUGGAGUGAUUGAGUCACUGCUUGAGAAGGUUGACAUCCUGCUGCUUGGUGGAGGAAUGAUCUUCACAUUUUACAAGGCACAGGGUCUCUCAGUGGGUUCAUCUCUGGUUGAGGAAGAUAAACUAGAUCUCGCUACUACACUCCUUGCGAAGGCGAAGGCCAAGGGUGUGUCGCUUUUGUUACCCUCCGAUGUUGUAAUCGCCGACAAGUUUGCCCCUGAUGCAAACAGCAAGAUUGUGCCUUCAUCUGCCAUUCCUGAUGGGUGGAUGGGAUUGGAUAUUGGUCCAGAUUCUAUCAAGACAUUCAGUGAGGCACUUGACACUACUAAAACCAUCAUCUGGAAUGGACCGAUGGGUGUGUUCGAGUUUGACAAGUUUGCAGUUGGAACCGAGGCUAUUGCCAAGAAGCUGGCAGACCUUAGCGGCAAGGGAGUGACUACAAUCAUUGGAGGUGGAGAUUCGGUUGCAGCCGUCGAGAAAGUAGGAGUUGCUAGCGUGAUGAGCCACAUUUCAACUGGUGGUGGUGCCAGUUUGGAGCUGUUGGAAGGCAAAGAACUUCCCGGAGUGCUUGCUCUCGAUGAAGCCACACCAGUCGCAGUGUGAGACAAUCUUAAUUUUAUUUAUUUUCUUUUUUUUCAACCCUUCCAUUCUUGAAUAUUAUUCGAGUUUGUAAAAGAGAAAGCUCGGUAGGGACAUUUGCCUUGUUGUAAAUUUUAAACGUUGCCUUUGAUCCCUUCCCCUCUUCAACCUGUCUUCUUAGUUCUUACAUAAUAACUGCUACAAGAGACUGUAGAUUUACAAGGAAAGUUAUUCAAUCCAAUAAAGUGAUAUUUUUGUCAUGCGCUUAA